AAUACUCUUUGUUUCUCCUCAUUUUGGCGGGUUGACGGGGACAAACCACUGCUUGUCAUUUCUAAAAUUCAUAGAAGGUUAAAACAUCAUUUUAUGCUGUGAAUAAAAUCUAAUAUCUUGAUAAGACCUGUUUGCUUAUCUAUCAAUACAUUACAUUAUUGUGCAGUCAAAAUAUUUAAGAAAAUACUUUGAAAAAUUUGCAAAUAUGAACAUUUCGUGGACAAAUACUGCUAGUGCCUUAGAAGAUUUUGUAAGCAUUCUGGUUUGUGGGAAAUGUGGCUCCAAACCAGAGUCUCCUGUAAGGAUAACAAAUUGUGGACAUUUCUUUUGCCAUAAUUGCAUUAAAUCUGCAAUAAAAUGUGUUAAAUGUGAUGUACCAGUGCAGCCAAGGGAAAUAAAGUCUGAUCAUUUAAUAUCUAAUCUUAUAAACAAUUGUGAUGUUAUUGCAGACAUUAUUCAUAAAAGAAAUCUAUGGAGUAAUGUUACAGAUGCAUCCAAUAUGUCAAUGGAUACGACAUCUUCAGUAAUUCAUAUGCCAAAAAAACAGAAUUAUGUAUCUACAAAGAAUAUAAAUAAGCCAAAUCACCGUGGAGAAACACCAUUACAUGUUGCAUGUUUAAAAAGAAAUGUUGAACAAAUUAAACAUCUCUUUAUAAAUGGAGCAAAUCUCAAUACAAAAGACGCUGCCGAGUGGACACCAUUGCAAGAAGUAGUCAGUUAUGGAUAUACCGAAAUAUGUGCAUUACUAUUGGAGUGUGGUGCAUCACCCAAUAUAUCAGGUUUUAAUCAACGAAGACCAUUACACGAAGCUACUAAAAACAACAGAAUUGAAGAAGCCAAGUUGUUGUUGCAACACAACGCUGACAGAGAAUUAUGCGAUCAGUAUGGCAAAAAGCCUAUAGACUAUUGUAAAUCAGAAGAGAUGCGGCAGCUUCUGAUGGACUUUCCGAAAUCCCCAUCUGAAAAGGUAUCGGACCUUAAUGAAACAUUAAAUAAAUCUAUUCGUACAGGAUGUGACAAAUUUGUGAUUCUUGCAUCUAAUUUAAAACAUGAAAAUCAGAAAUUACUUGGUCUUGUUGCUGCAAAACAUAGAUUUAAAAUUUUGACAACGUAUAGAUCGUCUGUUACACAUGUCAUAGUGGAGGCAAAUGAGCAAAAUGUCACAAAAUUGACGCUUGAUGUUUUGUUCUCAAUUAUCUAUGGAAGCUGGCUCCUCAAUAGUGAAUGGAUUCAACUGGCAGCAGAUAUGGAUGACAUAGCUAACGUGGAUCUUGAAUUGUUUGAAAUUAACGGCGCGCCCACUUAUGGCAUUCCGAGGAAAGCUAGACAGAAUGUGGAAUGUCAAAAUCCACGUUUAUUCAAUAACUGUUUCUUUUAUUUUGCUUUGCAAGCAAAUACAACUUAUCAUAUCGACGACGUGCGAUUCACGAAAGAUGAUCUAGUAAGACUUGUAAAGGAUGGAGAGGGAACAGUACUCACUAGGGAACCAAAUCCAGAAGAUUUGAAAGAUAUAUCGCAAGUAAUACCUUUUCACAUCGCAAACGAUCAGUCUCAUCCCUUAUACAAAUGUACACAUUACGUUAUAUAUGUACCGGGCAAAAAUGAACCGCUUAUUAAAUACAAUAUGCCACACAUUAAGAGUUUGCCAUUAAUAUGGCUAAUUGAGUGCAUCGAAAAAUUUACUCUUGUGAGUCCAGCUCACUUGGGAUUGUCCUAAGUUACAGUAUAAGGUAUAAUACAGUAUACAUUGAUUGAGAUGAUUUUAACCUGGAAUAUGGGUGCUAAUUCAAGUUCAGUUAAAUUUGUUACAAAAAUUUUGUUAACUUAAAAUAAUAGUUAAUCAAACUUUGUUUACAUUUAAAAAAAUGUCAGUUUAAUUCAUUUUACAUUUAUAUAUUUUGCCAUCUUGCAAUUUUUGAAAUAGAAAAGUGUUAAGAAGAUUCUAAUUUUAUGAGUAAAUGUUAUCCAAAGUUAAUAAUAAUUAGUAAUGUUAAUGCAA